AUGGUUCGCGUGUGUCGUCGUGGUCGAGAGUCCCCGAAGCGCUCUCUCGCCCGGUCACGGUCACGUUCCCGGCCACGGUUUCGAUCCCGAUCGAAGGAGCGAUCUACAAACCGUGACGAGAAUCGGACGAGAGAGAGGGAGCGGCGAUUGUUGCGAUCGCCUCGUGGGCGCAGUCGCAGUGAUCGACGGAAGCAUGAGUUCCGCAGUUCUGCUUCAUCGUCUUCUCGAAGCAGGAGCAGAUCGACUGAUUCGGAGUCGAGGGUCAGCAGUAAGAGGGACAGAAAGAGGUCACGUCAUCAAUUGAAGGAGAAGAAGAAGCAUCGCACGUCCGCGAAAAAAGACAAGAAGGCCAAACACUCGUCUUCAGGGUCAAAGGAGAAGAAGCAUGAGAAGAAGCCGCGCAAAAAGCGCCACAAGAAGAGUCGCUCGGGUGAUGAUGAGUCGUCGUCUUCCUCGUCGUCAUCGUCUGAUUCAGACACUACUCGCAGUGCCAUCUCGGGCAAGAAGAUCAAGCGCAAAUUGAACCGGUCAGCGGCAGACGUUCAAAACCAAAGGAGUCGCCACCAGCUGCUGCAGUUUUACAACGGCGUGUUUGACUAG